UACCGAACAUGCUGUAUACGCCACGCAUAUACAAUUUGCGCGCGAAUUUUUGAAUCUCAACGGAUUCGCGCGAUUUGUGUUCUGUGCGACAUUUUUGUGAUUGUUUGUAUUGUACAUUUUUUUGAGGUUAGCAUAGUUUCAUAAAAUAACGAUGUUCUCAAUAGUGGAUUUUAAAAGCUGAAGUAUGGUGAUGUGGGUGGGUAUUCGCGAUUGUGAUGUUGUGACAAUGUGGCGGAGCGUGUGACGCAGCGGGCCGAUGCGUCGCGGGAGCGUGUAUAGCGUGAGCGAAGGCGUGGAGCGGUGCACCUGCGCUAGGUAGCGCGGGCGUGGGUGCGGGUGCGGGUGCAGCCAUGGCCGGCUGAUGGAAGCGGGCUGGUGGUCGCCGUCGCCGUCGGCCUCGCCGCCGCCGCCGCCCCGCGCCCCGCCGCCCCGUUGCCGCUGCCGCCCGCUCUCCACCAGCUACAACUGCUUGCCGCAUUAUGAUGGAUGGCCAGACCUCGAAGACGAGUCGACUGGAGGCGCCCUCCGCGAGCGGGAACUCCGGUCGCUCCACCGAACUGUGCCGGCCCUGCGGCGGAGGGAACUCGACACCCGCGCUAUCAAACAUCACUUUUACCCCGAGGGGGGGUGGGGGUGGAUUGUGUGUGGAGCCGCGUUCCUCGCGCACCUGCUGUCGACGGGGCUGCAGCUAGCGUACGGCGCGCUGCACGUGUACGCCUUGCGCCAUCUUGGACCCGCUGCUGAUCAUGCAGUAUGGGCCGGCGCAAUAUGCGUAGGCGUGUCUCGCGCUGCCGGCGCUAUAGUUGCCGGUAGACGCCGCUCACCGCGACUAGCUGCGUUACUUGGAGGCAUCUUAUUACCCCUGGCCUGUCUCUUCACAUCAUUUGCUACACAGCUGCAUCAGACUUUACUUAGUUAUGGCGUAGUAUUAGGUAUCGGUUGUGGUCUAGUCCGGGAGGCGGCUGGGUUAGUUCUAGGAACGUACUUCAGGAGACGGCGGCAGUUCGUCGAACUGGUUGCCCACGCGGGGGGAGGUGUUGGUAUCGCGCUGUUUAGCGUCUUGUAUAAGGAGGCUGUGGGCAAACUAGGAUGGCGGCUCGGGCUUCAAGCAAUUACGGGGAUAUUAGUGUUAGCGUUCUUCCUGAGCGCAGUGUACCGGAGCGCUUCCUUGUAUCACCCGCAGAGACGAGCCAUUUUGCAUCUCAAGAAUCAACGCAGGAAGGUAAAAGAGAAGAAAGGCCUAAAAAAGCCCCAGUUCAUCGAUCUGAGCCCGCUCCAAUCCCGGCCCGCGAAAGUUUUGCUAUUAGCAGCCGGCAUGGCGGCCUUUGGUCUAUAUACGCCCGUAUUUUUCUUGGCACUACAAGGUUUCCAAGAAGGAUUGGAAGAGAGCGCACUCGUAUUACUACAGACAUUUCUGGGAUUCGCGGCGGUGCUUGGAUGCGCUGGUUUUGGUCUGGUUCUUGUCAGACCCUCGGCACAGUGUCUGGUUUCUAAACAGUAUUUGUGUCAGACUGCUAUGCUAGGCAUUGGAAUAUCGAUGUUGGCCCUGAGCAGCGUGGAAGGCUAUCACGGGUACGUGCUCUUCGCCUGGAUGUACGGUUUAUGUUUGGGCGGAUUCCUCUACUCGAUGAAAAUGCUCACAAUGGAGCGAGUUCGGGGGCGGCACUUCACCAAAGUUUGGAGUUUCGUGCAAGGAGCGGAAGCGAUUCCCGUGAUCGUCGGGGUGCCAGUGACGGGUUAUAUUAACCAGCAAGUUCCACGGGCGGGGUUUUAUUUUUCGACGGCUUCGACGUUGAUCGGGGCGAUUCUGUUGUUCUUUGUUGGGUUUUCGAAGCGGGAGCCGGAGCCGCCGCCGCUGCCCGCUCCGGCAGUGUCUGAGGCUUGUUUGUGUCUGACGCCGCCGCGGUGCGAGCCCGCGUGGUGCGCGUGCAGUGCGGGCGGAGCGACGACUUACUGCGCGUGGACGGGGAGCUCUUGUACUCGUUUGCCCAAGUCUAUGUCGUAUGCAGCGCCGUUGAACCGACCGUGCUGUCCAGCCGCGUACCCGGAGUGUUGUAGGCGCGUAACGUUACGUCCGUCGCGAAGUGUGCCCGAGGGACUCGCGCGGCGAGGCACGUGGGGCCGCGCCUCGUGCAGAGCGAACUGCCCGCGACGGGAACACCACUUGAUUGAACAAAUCACUACUUCUGUAUAGAUUGUCGAGGAUUACGUUAGUUUCAUGUUGAAAUGAAAUUUAAGCCUCUUUCAAUGCUACGUUUUCUCUGAUCCGGAAAGAUAGCGUUUUAUUGGACCUUGAUGAGUAAAAUUGGCAUGUACAAAUGAAACUAAUGUUUGCCUCGAUUUGAUAAGUAUGUGAAUGAUCAAAUUGUAUAUAUUGAUUUAUUUAAAAAUGUAUUAUUAAUAAGUUUUAUUACUUGCGGACACACGCAACGAUCCAUUUUCGUGUGAAAGACGGAUUUAUAGAAAAAAAUUGGUUCUUUUUGGCAUACGAAUAAGCCUACUUUUAUUAUAUCCUCUAUUCAAAUCAUUUCACUUUGGCACGUAGGGUUGUAUUAGAUAAACAGGAAGGCGGGAGGGCUCUCCGUCGCGUCGUGUUAUUUGAUUUUAUACUGUGCUUGAUGUUUUAUUUCUCUGGAGGUUAUUCAGACAAAUUUCGGACGUUUAUGAAUGCCGAUGUUCUUGUAAAUUUAUUUUAUUUUGUUUUGAUUUUUAACGUAGCGACAUAUGAAUUUAUUUUUUAGGCUAAAAAUUAACAAUACGAAUCUUAUAAACUCCCAUUUUUUCAAAUACUUGUGGGACCUUUGAUGUUGUAGGUACUAACGUUUUGUAAAAAUUAAAACUUAUAAUAGUUCCAAAUUAGCGUCUUUUAUCUUUCCUAUUUGUUUAAAAUUGUAGAGAAUGGUGGCAAUAUAGUUGAAUGUUGGUGAAAAUAAUAAAUUAAGGGACAGUGUCAAUUUUACUAUUUGUUACAGAUGAAUAUAUUGUAUUUAAACUUUAUUUAAAUAUAAGUAAAUAUCUGGAUUGUUUAUUAGAAAAUGGUUAUUGUAUAUACAUGUAUAAGUUGUGUAUAAGUUGUAUGAAAAGACGUUGUUUUUUUACUGCAUUGUUCGAUUUACUUUUACUUAAAAAAUAAAGUUAUAGAAAAGU